UGCUGGGCGCCUCGGCGGGGCCCCCCAGAAGCGAGCGACAGCUCCCAUGUGUGUGGGCUUCACGCUUGGGGUCACUUUUCAAGCGUCUCUCAAAAAGCCCCGCUGAUGGUACUCCAAGAAGACCUGUUUUAUCUGUCAGUGCAAGGAAAAUCAAAGAUAAUGCAGCAGACUGGCAUAAUUUAAUGAUGAAAUGGGAGAGACUGAAUGAUAAUGGAUUUACUACAGCAAACAAAAUAGUCAACAUGAAGAUCAGUGAGCAAUUUGAAACCAACAAACUGGAGGUAGCAUGUGAUAACAGUGCCACAAAAUCUGAAAAGCCAACUCCAAAAUACAAUGAAGAACUGGACAACUGCUGUGCAGAAUUACUUGAGACCUUCAAGCAUAUGACAAAAAUACAAGGGAAAAUGGAAAAGCUUACUUCAACUACUAAAGCAAUCUGUGACUUGGAAACAUUUCACCGUGGAGCUGGGAAUUGCACAGCACCCUUCUUUCAUACAUGGCCCACACUGUACUUCUAUGAAGUUGCCCUGAAGCUCUCUGAGAUGUACAAGAAAGAACUACAACUCAAGCAAACAAUUGUACAAGAAAUUGCACAUUCUGCUGACCAGGAUCUGAUGAUGGUCUAUUUAUCAUCGUGGUUAUACCAGCCUUACAUUGAGAACAGCAGCAAACUCCUACUUGAAGCCAUGCUGCUGGAAACAGGGCAUAGGCAGUGCUAGACCUGCCAGUGCCACGUGGCUUGCUUCUAAUGACACUUCCAUGAAACUGAAAGGGUUAACUAAUUCCAAGGAUUUCCAAGGAAGCUGAAUUUUUGUAAAAACCAUUAAAAAGACCUUUCUCUGUUUGUA